AUGUCCAUUCAGGCCGCCCAUUCCACUGGCUACCAUGAUGAACCGCUGCUCGCUUCUACAGCCUUGCCAGUGGAGAUUUUAGGCGAUAUUUUUCAAUACCUUCCACUGCGCGAUCUGAUCAGGUCAAAACUAUUUCUGCAUGUUAUCGAGGAGUCGUUGGUUCUCCAAUACCACAUUGAACGUGAAAUCAGCCUCCUUGCUGGCACUACCAGUACCACUCCUACUGCAAUUAGCACGGAACUUGCCAGACUUCGCAGGCGCGAGGCCGGUUGGGCGAAUCUGAAAUGGCACUCUCAAACAUAUAUCAUCCCCAGCCAACCAGGUGCUUUGCAGGCUGCAUACAGGUUGCAGCAUGGAUUCCUCGCGUGUGGCCGGGGCGGGUCACAAAGUUCGCGGUUCGACAAUUGUUUAUGGCUUCAGCCUCUUCCGAGAGUCUCAGACCGACCUUCAGGUUCAGGGGGUCGUGAACCACCAUCUGCAUUCGAGUCCACCAGUUCUGGGCGUCCUGAAGAAUUUACAGAUGGUGAUGUCGAAAUAGAUCCACCUCAACCGCCUAUUCUGAUUCAUCUCGGUUUUGGAUUUCGAGUGUUCGAUAUCGACCCAGAGCAGAAUUUGGCUGUGUACAUUUGUAGGGGCCCUAAACGUGGUAUUAUCAGACUAAGACAAAUGUUCGAUAAUGCCCCGCACCCGAUGGCCCGGUUCGAGGCCCUUAACACUCCCUUCCAACCCAAUGACACAGGUUCGUAUCAAGUCAGCAUAUUUGGUGACUUUAUCGGCGUCAUGGAGUGCUGUCUCACUCCGGAUGGGGGCUUUUGGAUCUGGAACUGGAAGACAGGGAUAUGCCAAUGCGAAGGGUCCACCGCCUCGCUGGAAGUUUAUGCAUUUAGACCCUGCUUCUACGAAGGACUCCCUACCAAACCUUGCCUUCCAUCUCAGCAUGUCGCGACCUUUCAAUUGCCCCAGUCGUCCUCGAAAAUUUAUGACCUUCCGUUGCGCUGCGAGCCUAAUCCCAUCUUCGAAGCGCCAGAAUACGAAAUCUUAUCCACAAAAGAAACACAGACGGACAAAUCCGUUCCAAAUGCAUUCUUUCCACCUAUUUCAUCAGUUCCAGCCACGAAUUCCUCCAACCCACCGAAACAAGCCUGGCCCACCAACGGGCCACCCGUCCGGUAUUCGCUCGUGCCGUUUGAUGACAAGAUAUUCGUUGCUCCUUCCGAUAUUUAUCGCAUGACCAAACGUUUCGAGCGUGAUGUUCGGACAAGUAGGGAGACAUCCGAUAAUUCUUGUGCCGCCGCUGCCCACAUGCUUCCUGUCCAUGUCUCAUGGGAUGACUGGGGAUGCCGUUCUGCGCGCCUGGUGCAGAUCUCCGCUAGCUCAUGCCAUAUCUUCAUGAACCGAUUUAUCUUUAGCGUACGCGGGUACCGACCAGAGUGUCGGGAGUCUUGCUUCCAUCUUCACUUGCUAGAUUUUAACCCUUAUUCCGUCGGCGCUGGAUCACUUGCUGAAAGGAGCGAAUAUGACUUGGGCGAGUUGGCUGAUGAGAAUAUGUCCGAUAAAAGUACCGGGAGCGCAGACAUGAAUGGCUCUCAAUGCAGUGGCGACAAGAAGCUCUCGGCAUCACACUCCAGUAAGCCAUCAAGGGUCUCCAAGGAUCAUAGGAUUUCAGGCCGGAUGGUGUCUCACCCCGAACGAACGGUACCACUACAUGGACGCCUCUUUGCUCAUAGGGUCGUUAGUGGACUCCCGUAUCGCUAUGUCAUGAGUGACGAACCAUUCCAGGGCUGGCCGUCGCUCAUGAUAGACGCAGAGAGGAUAUUAAUCGUGAAUGCUUCUCAGCCCCGGUUGUGA